UACAAAAGGGAGACGGAACUCUUCAGUUUUCUCGUCCAUUGUCAUGCUCCUUAGAUGGUGCUGCUUCGAUUUGCUGGAAAGAGGUGACGUGGUUAGGGAAAGCUCUUCCUUCAACAGAGAGGGUCUCCUUCUUGGAGACGGAAACCCAGCGAAGAAGAGUUCUCAGCGUCGAUCCAGAGAAAUCAGCGAGGGCUGGACUGCAACAGAGGACCGGGCCGACAAGAGGAAGGAGGACGAAAUCCAAGGGGCCGGUGGCGUCGAGGGAAGUGUCGACCUGCGGGAGAACUUCGAACCAGAUUCUUCAUAAAUUUCAGCUAGAGGAAAGUCAAUAAAGCACACAAAUGGUUGAUGGAAGUAGGGAAACUGAUGUUGAGGACCAACCUGAGCGUCCUCGUCCACCAAUCCUUAAAGCACACCCUGUGCUUGUCUUCUUCCAUGGAGCAUAUAGAGGACUCAAAACUUUGGUCAAUAGGAGGAAAGGCAAGAAAACACAGAAAAUGGAGAAUGAUAGCAUAGAAAUAGAUGUUGAGAAUCAACAUGAGCAUUCACGUCCUCCAGCCCUUGGGUCACACCCUUUACUUGUCUUCUCCCAUGGAGUAGAUGGACGAGUCCAAACUUUCUUCAGCAUAUCAGAAACUCACGACUAUGUUAGAAGCAUUCCUGACAUGACUAACAAAUACUUUUGCACUUGUUCUCAUGGAUGGUUGAUAAUGUUGGCUGCUGAUUCAGAUGACUGUUUUCUUUUAAAUCCUGAAUCCUUAGAGAAAAUUCAACUACCACAUUUGGAAUUCUCUAGUUGGUAUUUUUGCGUUCUUUCCUCGGCCCCGGACAAUCCCAAUGGAUGCUUUAUCCUUUUCUUUGGUCGUAAUUAUCUUAGGUUUUGUCGGCCUUGUGAUGAUGAAUGGGUUAUGGAAGAAUUGGAAUAUCAGAUUUUAUGUGCUAUUGGAUGUGAAGGAAAGAUUUAUGCACUGGGGUCUAAUGAUAUGAAUAAUAUUUCCUUUUUCGAAGUGAACCCUGGUUCUGGGAUGAGGAUAUUGAGACAAGGGUUACCCAUGCCAUCACAGCUGAAGCGUUCAUCGUGUUGCAAAUAUUAUAUGGUUGAAUCUUAUGGUGAGGUUUUUGUCAUUAGAGAAGCAUGCUGGCAGCAAUUCAAUCCAAGAGUUCGAUAUUUUGAGAUUUUUAAGUUUAAUUUAUCUACAACAGAUUGUGAGAAGGUCGAAACCUUGGGGGACCGUGCAUUCUUUAUUGAUAAAGUCAAGACUCUUUGCCUUUCCUGUUUGGCCACAGAAUCAGGAAUUAAAAAGAAUUCAAUCUACUUUACAGAUUGGGAUAAAAAUUUGUACAUAUUUGAUGUUGAACUUAAAAACAUCUCAAUCUCUUUACCUUGUCCAGAUGCUGGUUUUCCACCGUUUGAUGUUGCUUGGAUAAUGUCUGCGCCUACUAACUAUGAUGAAGGAAAUGCUUAUGAAAACAGAUGCAAGGAAGAAAAUACUCUUGUCAUAGUGGAAAGUACCAUCCCCACGAACAGAAACAUAGUGGAAGUGGAGAUAAAAUGUGAAGGAGGAAACACUCAUGGUAUGGUGAAAAAUAUUGUCCCCCCCACAAUCACAAACACGAUGGAAGAGGUAAUAACUAUGCAACAAUUAAAUUGGUCUUGGGCUGAUCUACCACAAGAACUUCUAAGUUUGAUCCAAUUACAUCUCUUUGUUGGUGAUCGUGUUUGCUUUCGUGCUGUCUGUAGAAAGUGGAGAUGUUCAUAGGCUCCACUUCCACUGGACUCAAUGGAUUACUUGAUGAUGACUUCUUCUCCAUGCCUUAUAUUCUCUGCUAUGAAUAACUGCAAUAUUAACUUGUUCUACCCAAUGUAUAACUUCACUUAUACCUUGAAACUGAAGGAAGAAUUGUAUGGUGUGGAGAUUUGCUUUGCUAAGGAUGGUUGGUUGUUGUUGGUUCGAGGUGAUCACAACAUGUUUUUCUUGAAUCCUUUCACAAGUGCUAGGAUUGAAAUUACCUAUUUCCCCCUCGGGUUUAAUUUUGAUGCCGUUUGCUUCACCUCCACACCAACUUCCUCAGAUUGUACAGUUUUUGGCAUCGUUUCAUCGGAAGACUACGAGGUUACUAUUUUCAUCAAUCGUUGUAGAGAAGAGACCUGGGAAAUUUACAGUUUAGAAAAUAAGACGAGAUGGGGUGUUUACAAUUGUUUAUGUAAUUCAGUUUCAUUUAUUCCUUCUCAAAGCAACCCAGUUCUCUAUGGUGGGCUAUUUUAUUGUUUUGAUGAGGAGGGAAAGUUGGGGUCAUUUGAUCUUGAGAGAGGUAGUUGGAAUGUGUUUAGAACCUCAUGUAGACACGAUAUGUCGGAGUACGAUCAGAAUUUUUUGGUAGAAUGUGAUGGCAAUCUCCUAUCAGUGUUUAUCGGUCCGUAUGGGAGAUGGAUUCGAGUUUGUAGACUGGAUCAAUCUAAGAUGCUUUGGAAGGAUGUAAACAGCUUGGGAGAUUGGAUGUUGUUUCUUAGUGAAAAAACUUCUCUUUCUGCAAAGGCAACUGUGAGGGGAACGGGUAACAAGAUCUACAUUCAAAGAUUUUAUGCCAACCUUGGUGUGUUCUAUUCUCUUGCUACUCAAAAGUAUCAUACUUUUGAUGGUGGCUACUGUCUGGAAAAUUAUUAUGAUACCACAGAAGAGGUCCAAUGCACUUGGAUGAUGACAUGAAUCACAUCUUGAGGGGGUGUAGGUUAUUUUGUUGUGAUAGUAAUUGUAGCUUCAAGUGCAUAUUUUUAAUUAAAUUCCUUUUCCAGAUUUUA